UAACGCUUCAAUCUCUUUGUUUUAUUCCCUUAAUUUUACGAGACCCCACUCUCAUUCAUCCUCCUCCAAACCUUCUCUCUCUCUCUCUCUCUCCCUCUCUCUCUCUUUGGGGGUCGAGUUUUCCGGCGCACAUUCGACGACGGAUGGCGGAUUCAGAGAUGGCGCGGACCAAGGAUUUCUUCGCGGCGCCGGCGCUAUCGCUCUCCUUGGCCGGGGUCUUCCGGAACGGCGUGGCGGAGGCGCCCACGGAGGACAGCGUGGAAGAGAACAGCGGCGGCCUCGGCGGCGACGAGGCGGAGAUGAGCAGCGAGAACGCCGGCGCCGACCGCUCCAACGACGACGAAGAUGCCGACGGCGAAGGCGGCGCGAAGAAGAAGAGAAAGAAGUAUCAUAGGCACACGGCCGAGCAGAUUAGAGAGAUGGAAGCGCUUUUCAAGGAAUCUCCCCACCCGGAUGAGAAGCAGAGGCAGCAGCUCAGCAAGCAGCUUGGACUCUCGGCUCGCCAAGUCAAGUUCUGGUUUCAAAAUCGGCGUACACAAAUUAAGGCGAUUCAGGAGCGCCAUGAGAACUCGGUGUUGAAGACAGAGAUGGAGAAGCUCAGAGAGGAGAACCAGUCGAUGAGGGAGGGCAUGAAGAAGGCUGCGUGCCCUAACUGCGGAUACGCGGCCGGGUUGAGAGAUGCUCCCAUCAACACUGAAGAACAGCAGCUGCGUAUUGAGAAUGCAAGGCUCAAGGCCGAGAUCGAGAAACUUCGAGCAGCAGGUGGAAACCUUCCCGGCCGCGCUGCCUCCCCGACGUCGUCAUGCUCCGGCGGCGCUGAUCAGGACAACAGAGGAGCCAUAGAUUAUUGCACCGGCUUCUUUGGCCUGGAGAAGGCGAAGGUGGUGGAGUUGGUGCAUGUGGCAAUGGAAGAGCUUGUGAAGAUGGCGACUGCUGGUGAGCCGCUGUGGGUCCGAAGUGUCGAGACUGGGAGGGACAUACUAAACUACGAUGAGUAUGUCCGGCAGUUCUCACCGGAAACGGCAAAUGACGGUCCCCGGCGGUCAGUGGAAGCAUCUAGAGAGUCUGGCGUCGUUUUCAUGGACGCACCCAAGCUAGUUCAGGCCUUCAUGGAUGUGAAUCAAUGGAAGGAGUUAUUCCCAUGCAUGGUUGCCAAAGCAGCCACAGUUGAGGUCAUCGCCGACGGAGACGAUGGUGGUACAAAGAAUGGCGCCGUACAAUUGAUGUUUGCAGAGCUACAAAUGCUUACACCAAUGGUGCCAACUCGGGAAGUAUACUUUGUGCGUUGCUGUAAGCAGCAGGCAGCGGAUAGCUGGGCCAUUGUUGAUGUGUCCAUAGAUCGAGCCAAUGACAAUGCCGAUGUCAAAUGCCGAAAACGGCCUUCAGGCUGCCUCAUUCAGGACAAGGCUAACGGCCAUUCCAAGAUAACAUGGGUUGAACAUCUGGAGGUGAAGAAGAUGGCAGUUCAUAGCAUGUACAGGACCAUCAUUAACAGUGGGCUGGCCUUCGGUGCAAAGCAUUGGAUGGCAACCUUACAACUUCAAUGUGAGAGGCUUGUUUUCUUCAUGGCAACUAACGUUCCAACCAAGGACUCCAACGGGGUGGCGACACUAGCAGGAAGGAAGAGCACACUGAGGCUGGCGCAGAGGAUGAGCAACAGCUUCUACAAGGCGGUGGGAGCUUCCACCUACCACACUUGGACCAAAGUCACGACCAAGACGGGCGAGGACGUCAGAGUGAGCUCCAGGAAGAACAUCAGCGACCCGGCCGAGCCCGUCGGCGUUAUCGUCUGCGCCGUCUCCUCCGUCUGGCUCCCCGUCUCCCCACUCGCGUUGCUCGAGUUCUUAAGGGACGACACACGAAGAAACGAGUGGGAUAUAAUCUCGAACGGAGGGUCAGUGCAGACCAUAGCCAACAUAGCGAAGGGGCAAGAUCGCGGGAACUCGGUGACACUUCAUGCAACUAAAUCUAACGAUACCACCAUGUGGAUACUCCAAGACACUUGCACCAAUGCUUAUGAAUCGAUGAUCGUCUAUGCUCCUGUGGACAUCACGGGCAUGCAAUCGGUGAUGAACGGCUGCGAUUCGAGCAGCUUGGCCAUAAUGCCAUCUGGGUUCUCCAUCUUACCCGAUGGGCUCGAGAGCAGGGCCCUGGUGAUCACGUCUAAGCGUAACGAGAAGGCAAGCGAAGGAGGGUCGCUGCUGACCAUGGCCUUCCAGAUACUUGCUAACACUUCGCCUACCGCCAAGCUCACCAUGGAGUCCAUGGAAACUGUAAAUACCCUAAUUUCUUGCACUAUUCAAAAGAUAAGGACGAGCCUUCAUUGUGAGGAUGCAUGACAUAAAAAUUCGAAAGUAUGUAGUCAUUAAUUGUUUUUAUUAGUGAUGCAAGUUAUUUAUCAUCA